GCGAGGGCCGGACGCGGCGUGGGACGCGGCGUGGGGAGGGCGUGGGCGCUAGGAGGCCGGGUGGGAGGGCGCAGCGGCCGCCGGUUCUGGACUGCGCGGGGCGUGGAGGCCUAGUCCGGAGCGCGCCGGCUGCGGCCCCUGCCAUUGUGACGGCGUCGUCCCCGCCCCGGAUCUCCCAGGUGCGGAGCCUCCGGGUGCUGAUCGCAGCUUCACCUGCCUGGGAUCUGCUGUUACUCAGGAGAGCAUCAUCAAGAGCCAGGAGGGCAUGGAGGCUGCGGUGUUAACUGCCUGGCCCCAUACACUGGUGACCUUCAAGGACGUAUUGGUGAACUUCUCCAGGGAGGAGUGGAAGCUGCUGGACACUGCCCAGCAGGUCAUGUACAAAGAUGUGAUGCUGGAGAACUACAGAAACCUGGUGUCCUUGGGGCUUCAGCUUCCCAAGCCAGAUGUCAUCCUCCGGUUGGAGAAAGGGGAGGACCUAUGGCCAGUGGAGAGAGGGAUUCGCCAGGAGCCCUGCCCAGAUUUGGAUACUGCGGUAGAAAUUAAAUCAAUUUCCAGUCAGAGUGUUUCUAAAGAUAAACAGUUUUGUGACAUUAAAGUGGAAAGAAAGGCAAAGAAUGAUCUCUGGUAUUUGUCAUUGGAAGAAGUCUGGACAUGUGAAAGUCAGUUGGACAGGUCCCAGGACAGCCAGGAGAGACAUCUGAGGCAAGUGGCAUUCACCCAGAAGAAAACACUUCCUCAGGAGAGAGUCUGUGAAAAUGGGAAAUCUGGGGGAAACUGUCUUCUUCCCGCCCAGCUAGUACUUCAAGGGUAUUUCCGUAAACAUGACUCACAUCCUAAAAGUUUAAAACACGAUUUAGUUUUCAGUGGUCAUCAGGAAGGUUAUGCAAGCAACAGCAAUGACUGUGAUCAGACCUUCUGUCAAAACAUUCAUCUUAUUCAAUUUGCAAGAACUCAAGCAGGAGGUAAAUCAUACCAAUGCACUGAUAACAACUCUCUUCCUCAUGGUACAUCCCUUGGUAUAUCGAAGGGUACACAUCGAGAGAAACCCUAUGAAUGUAAGGAGUGUGGAAAAUUCUUCAGCUGGCGCUCUAAUCUUACCAGGCACCGGCUUAUUCAUACUGGAGAAAAACCCUAUGAUUGUAAAGAAUGUGGAAAAUCUUUCAGCCGAAGUUCUCACCUUGUUGGACAUCAAAAGACUCAUACUGGUGAGGAACCCUAUGAAUGUAAAGAAUGUGGAAAAUCCUUCAGCUGGUUCUCUCACCUUGUCACUCAUCAGAGAACUCAUACAGGAGACAAACUCUACACAUGCAACCAGUGUGGGAAGUCUUUUGUUCACAGCUCUAGGCUUAUUAGGCACCAGAGAACUCAUACUGGAGAGAAACCAUAUGAAUGUCCUGAAUGUGGGAAAUCUUUCAGACAGAGCACACAUCUCAUUCUGCAUCAGAGAACUCAUGGUAGAGUGAGGCCCUAUGCAUGCACUGAAUGUGGGAAGUCUUAUAGCCAGAGAUCUCACCUUGUUGUGCAUCAUAGAACUCACACUGGGCUGAAACCCUUCGAGUGUAAAGAUUGUGGAAAAUGCUUUAGUCGAAGCUCUCACCUUUUCUCACAUCAGAGAACCCAUACUGGGGAGAAACCAUAUGAAUGCCAUGAUUGUGGGAAAUCCUUCAGCCAGAGUUCUGCACUCAUUGUGCACCAGAGAAUUCAUACUGGAGAGAAACCAUACGAAUGUUGUCAGUGUGGGAAAGCCUUCAUUAGAAAGAAUGACCUUAUUAAGCACCAGAGGGUUCAUGUUGGAGAAGAGACAUAUAAAUGUAAUCAUUGUGGGAUUAUCUUCAGCCAGAGCUCUCCAUUUAUAGUACAUCAGAUAGCUCACACUGGAGAGCAAUUCCUAACAUGUAAUCAGUGUGGGACAGCCCUUGUUAACAGCCCUAACCUUAUUAGGUACCAGACAAAUCAUAUUAGAGAAAAUGCAUAUUAAUGUAAUGGAAAAUUCUUUACCAACAGCAAUAACUGUAUUUUAUCUUGGAGAAUUCCUUCUGCAGAGAAGCUGCUUUCAGUCUUGUUACAACCCUUUUGUGCACUAGAGAACUGGUUCCAGAGGGGUAAAAACCACACACAUUUCAUUUUAGUACAUCAGAUUAUUUUUUUCCAAGUAAUUGGCCUGGGAGCAUUCUUUCGUUUUGUGUUGUUUUUUAGGGCUGCACCCGUGGCAUAUGGAAAUUCUCAGGCUAGCAGUCAAAUCAGAGCUGCACCUGCUGGCCUGUGCCACAGCCACAGCAACCCAUGAUCCUUAACCCACUGAGCAAGGCCAGGGAUCGAACUCUAAUCCUGGAUACUAGUCGGGUUCGUUCCCAGUGAGCCACAAUGGGAACUCCUUGAUCUGGGAGCAUUCUUGAGCAAGCCUUAAAUGCUAAAAUCUAAGAAGACACCAUUAAGUUGGUAAGCUGUUGAGAAAUAAUCCAUUUUUGUUUCCUUAAAAGAGAGUACUACCUCAAAAAGACAAAUAAGCGAGAGUUAUUGCUGAGGAGAAUAAUAGUUGAUAUAGUUAACAAAAGAUAGAAAAUAAUAUUCCAGUGAAUUAAUAUCCCACUUUUUUACUUGAUUGUCUUUUUCUCUCUCUUAGGACACUUUGUGGUGUUCAGUCUGUUUUAUGUGUCUCAUAUAAACUACAUUUUUCCUAGCAGCAGGGAAAAAUCUCAUAGGCAGAGAAGGAAGAACAUGUUUACUACCGAUAAUACCCAUUUUAAAUAUAUUUGCAUGUGGGCAACAAUUAAAAAUGUAUCUACAGAUAAAUGAACAGGAUUGAUUUGCUGGAUAAUGGAAUUAUGAGUGAGUGUUAUAGUCUGUUUGGUGGUGUCACUGUAAUUGUUACUUGAACACAUUUUUAUAUAUUAAAAAAGGAUAUCUAGUUUUUCUAUUCUACCAUCAAGGAAGGUUGGAAAUUUCCUGCUCUCAAACUUUCCCAUUAAUUCUAAGUUGUCUGUGGGUCACAGAGUUGUGCUCCUGGGAGCUCAAACACAGUGAGUCUCUGGAUGUUGGAACCUUUGGUGUUUGGAGACCCCCCAGAAAGCAGGAGCAGGUACCUGGGCAAUACUUAGAGCAAGUAUGCUCAUAAAAUAAACACGGCACUGCCCAAAGCCACCCUCCUUCACAGUGGUCUUUCAUCUUGAUAAAGAGAACUUAGUGGUUAAGAGUACAGGUUUGAACUAGUCUCCCCAAGUUGAAAUCCCACCUCUUCACUUGCUGGGUGAACUUGGGCUUGCUUCCUAGCUUCUCUGUGCUUAACUUAGAGAUGUCCUCCUCUGUAAAUUAGGGAUAAUAUUACUUACCUCGUGGAAUUGUGGUGAGUGGUAAAUGAGUAAACAUAUAAACAGCUUAGAAUAGUGCCUGGUGUAUGUUAAGUGCUUUAUUAUAUUAACUGUGAUGAUACUGUUAUUGCCCCACCCUGUUGUCUGUCAUUUAAUUUAAACCUGCUUGACUGCUACUAAGAACUGAGUUCUCACUUCCUUCAAUUAGACAUGUCUUCCAUUUUACCUACAUCAGAACUUACCAACCCUAGAAAACCACUGGCCCAUAGUAGGUGUGUGGAUUCAUUUCUGAGGACAGGUAAACAGCUUCUCAUGUUGUGUGCAGAAGUAUUCUCUUUGCACAAUGGUUUUCCCUUCAGGGAAGAGGAAGUUAAUCUUCAGAUUCUCUAGUAAAUCCAUGACCCAAAAAAUUUGGUAAGAGAGUCUGUUUUAAUUCUGUUUCAUUCUGUAAAUGGAUCUUGUGUGUGAAAAGACUGGCUUUUUUUGCCAUUUUCUAGCAAAUUAUAUGCAUAUUUACAUAUACUAGAUGCUCAAUGAUUGUUGAAUGAUAAAUGUCGUUGAGACCUUCAGUCUCUCCCAGGUUAAAUCUGAAACACUGCUUAGACUCUGGAACCUGAGACCUACAGAAGCACGAGGCCCUGCCCCUCUUCCUGGUGCAGGUAAAGUGAACUGAGUGGGCCCUACCUCGCACUUUGAGCCCCUCCUAGCACCUCAGUUACAGCUGCCAUGCUUGUUGCUUACACACCACUGGUGUGUACCUUAUCCCAAACAGAAAUGGUCAUUACAAGCAGUGGUUCUGUAUGGGAGCAAAGGAGUAGCCCCGUAGCUGGGCCUCUUAGGAUUUCUGAUAACCCAUGGCUCAAUUUUCCUCAACUGUGUAGUGGGGAUACUGCUGGGAACUAACACUGAGGGUGGUCGGGUGGAUUAACUAAGAUAACUUGUAAAGUACUUAAAACAGUGCCUGGCAAGUACUGUUUGUGUUAGCUAAUAAUAAUAAUAUUACUGUUAUUAAUGUAUGUCUGUGGAUGAUCACUGAAAUGUUACUUCUAACAGUGCAAAAUUUGCAGUAUAAAAAUGUGUAAUAGCAAAACGGUUAUUUAUGGACAUUAAAGUUAUGCAAACAGAAAGUUUGGGAACAUGAAAAGUGUCGAUGCUGUGUUGUUAUGAAAAAAAAAGCAUGAUAAAUACUUGUCCAUAUGGAGUAAGCGCAGAUGUGUAAAAAUAAAUGAGUUUAAAAAAAAA